AUGUCGUUCCUCUCCUCGCUCCAAGGCACCGUUCUCCAGGGAUACGCAGCCCUCCAAGGGCCCCAAGGCCAGCCCCAGUCCCCCACCGACACCCUCGGCAAGCUCCUCGACCGUCUCCAGAACUCCGCCCAGCAUGAGGACAGGCGGAGCAGCAUCCUCGGCAUCAAGGGCAUGGCCAGAGACUGGAAAUCGGAAGUCGGCCAAGUGGCUCUCCCGGCAAUACUCGACUUGCUCGGCGAACCGGGCCUCGCGGACGACCUAGAUAUGGCCAAAGCAUUGCUCGAGACGCUGAAUAUCUUGUGCGAAGUCGAGGAGACCGAGCCUGGCAGGGCCGCGCAGACAGACUGUGGAGUGGCCCAUGUUGAUACUUUCUUGAUGAAACCCGACCCCACCCACGCAGUCUUGUCCCUGCUGAGCACCUCAAGCUUCUACAUCCGCUUCUUUUCCCUGCAGCUCCUAGGCACCCUCCUCACCGCCCCGCCACCCCGCCCUCUGACCCUCCAGUCCCACUUCCUCACGGCCCCCGGCGGCCUGGGCGCGAUCCUCUCCAUCUUGGACGAUACCCGAGAAAUCCUGCGCAACGAGGCCUUGCUGAUCCUCCUCAACAUCACCGAAAAAAACGCCGACAUCCAGAAAAUCGUCGCUUUCGAAGGCGGCUUCGAUCGCUUGUUUCACAUCAUCGAUGUCGAGGGCGGCAUCGGCGCCGGCGGGAUCGUCGUCCAGGAUUGCUUGUUGUGUGUCGGCCAGCUUCUGCGCUACAACGUCUCCAAUCAAAAUUAUUUUCGAGAAACGUCAUGCAUUCCUCAUCUGGCCCCCAUGCUCCUUUUCCCUCCAGCGCAAGAUCCGCAUCCAGUAGCCCUCGACUCCUUUGCAACCCAGCCGUGGAGCGAGCAAAAGCUCAACAACGCUCUGCUUGUCCUCGCCCUCGCCCGCACCUUAAUCUCGGGCGCUGGGGUCGGCAAGAUCGCCAAUCAGCGGGCAAUCCUCUCCGGCGGCCUCACUCGCUGUCUCGCAGAGAUGGGCCUAGCCAGUGCCGCACCCCCCAUUCUCAAGUCUGAGGCUCUGCAUAUCCUCGCCCACGUCGUCCGAGGGAGCGAGAUUAACAAGGAGUUCCUCAGCAAGUUGGUACUCAGUCCCUUGGCCGCAUCGGCCCCGCCGCCCGGCCAAGAUCCGAGCUAUUCGGACCCCGAGAAGCCCGAGUUCUAUCGCCUCCCGCCCCAGUCUGCCAUCUUCGCACUCUUCUCACUCGCCCUCGAGGGACUCCCCGGAGCUCAGCAUCCCACAUCGGCCGAUGACGAGUUCCAAACCCUGUCCGCCCGAGCUGCCGCUCUGAGUGCUAUCGACAGCUUUCUGAACGGCAAUCUGGAUGCGCAGCUGGGUAUCGUGGCCACCAUGAACACGCCUAUCCCUCAGCUGUCCGACCAGAACGCCGGCCCGUCUCACUCGCCUGGAUCAUUGCUCUUCGCGGCUCUGCAGGGCCUGCCCCCGACUGAAGCUGGGAGCAUGGCUGCAUACACCUCCUUCUUUGCCUCCCUCAUCUUCGCACAUCUCCUCAGAGGGUUCGAGCCCGCCAAGAAGCUGGCACGCGAGAUCCGGAUCGGCGGCGACCCUGCCGAUCCCAACGCCCCGCCGGACGACGACGACGACCAGACCGGCCUGGUACAGAUCUUGAUCGGAAACUUGAUGAUGGCUCAGCGGAUGCAAAGCCAGAGUAACAAUGCUGGCGAUGGGAUUCAGCGAUCCUUAGCAUGGGCUCGAAUCAUGGUCGGCUACUUGAUUGUUUUGGCCACGUGGCUAUGGGAGAGUCCCUCGACAACGAGCGAGUUUUUGAGUGAAGGUACAAAUUUACAAGUGCUGAUUGAGCCAAUCAGUCAAUCAUCGGGCGUGGACCCGCUUGUCCAAGGUUUAUGCGCGUUUGUGUUAGGCAUCAUAUACGAAACCGACCAUGACCCGGCCUCCCCGAUACCAAGAUCGACACUGCAGCCCAUCCUCCAUUCUCGUGUCGGACCAGACCAGUUCGUCAAUCGGAUCCUCAGGCUCAGAGAAGACCCUCGCUUCAAAAACGUCGGCCCUGACGUCCUCGAGUUGAGCCUCCAGCCGCCCGCCGGAACUGAUCCCAGCAGCGCAGAUCAAGAACCUGGACUGUGGUUCGAUUGGCCGUUCGUGGAGUUUCUGAAAAAUAACUAUGUAUCUAUACAGCAAUCCAUCUUAAUCGAUCCUGGAUCCGGUGGAGGGCCAAAGUUUUCCAAAGAAAAUACAGACCAAUCCGAAGAAUUAAGUAGACUAAAGACCCAGGUGGCCGCACAAACAAACGAUAUGCAAGCUCUGGAGCGGCAGGUAUCGGAGCUGACGUUGAAACUAAAAGAGCAACCACGGGAGGCAGAAGAGAUCGAAGGUCUGCGGAAAGAGAACGAGAGGCUAGUCGAGGAGGUGCGCGCCUUGCGGGAAGAGACGGGCCGGCUGAGUGCGGCGCAGAAGGAGACCGAGAAGGAGCAGGAAGACCUGCUCGUCUUGCUCGAGGAGGUGAGCAGCAAGAGACGCCGGGACAAGGCUGUGAUGCGCGAGAAGGGCCUCGAGGUCAGUGAGGACGAGGACGAUGAGGACGGCAGCUAG